CUCCUCCAUUCUUUCCGCCUUUGUGGCUCCGUCGCCGGCCCCAUAGCCGACCUCCUUUUUCUCCGACCCCGUCAAGUCUGUCUUCCUCUCCCUUAACUCCUAAUCUGGGUCCUUCAAUUGCACAGCCAAAUCAUGCAUUAGAAUCCCCACCGCAUCAUGCCAUCAUACCAUCUCCAUUACACAGUUCUUUACAUUCUGUUAUCUCGCAAAACCACCCAUCUACCACUCUCUUCUUCUUCUUCUUCUUCUAAAUCCAACUCCAUCUCUUCUCCCACUUUUCCAUUUUUAAAUGAAACCCUGGUGUUCUCUCUACCGGAGAAGCCGACCCCCACGCUCUCUCUUCUCCUCCGCCGCCGCCGACGCAGCUCAAACCUGCUUACACUGAUAAAGCUUGUGAUUCAAGAGACAAUUAUGAAUAAAAUUCAUUUGAGUGAGAGUAAUAGCACAUGGAGAGCUAAGAAUUGCAUGCAUUGUGGCACAAAUGGAGCGUGAAGGAGGCAUCAGUCCAAGGAUUUCGCCUUUGGCACAAGUGCGGGAUGCAGGAAAUCUUUUGACCAUGGCAGGCUUUACCCUACCAGGUGUUGAUCUUGAUGAAUAUGUAGUGAGAUAUCCAAGUGCUCUGGAUCUCAUAGAACAUCUCCGUGCAAUGGGUGAAACCAAUGCCCUUCUACAAAGGAACCCUGUUAUUUAUAUGACUGGUUGGAGAGAGCACUCAUCUCAGCCGAGGGCCAAAAGGAGGGGAUCUGCCACCGUAUCUUUUCAGGAUAUCUAGAAACAGUUUGGAAGUGAGACAAGUUGAUCUCUAUAUCCUUGAGUUAUGGGCGUUUAGCUGUUUAGAAUGAAACUGAAUGUGACCUUACAUAGCGUGUCAAGGUUUAGGUCUGUUAAAGUUUUAGACACAGUUUAUUGAUUUCAUUCCUUGUAGCCAGUGGUCAGAUGUUUUGCAUAUGUAA